AUGACCCUCCCCACCGCCAAACGCCACAAACCCAACACCUCCACCCCCUCUCUCCCCACCCCCGCCCCACCUUCCUCCCUCGGCUCCGCUCUCAAGAACAAGGCUAGUAUGGACACUGCCCCCGGGCCGGAUUAUGAGAGGGGUAUCGAGUACUGGGACAAUGUUGAGGCGAGUGUUGAUGGGGUACUUGGGGGAUUUGGGACGGGGCCUGUACCGCAUAUCGAACAGCUGUCUUCCCGGCUCUUACUCCUCUCCCUCUUGCCCUCCCUCUCCCCCUUCCCCUCCCCCCUCACCCCCGCCCCCUUGCCGCCCCUCCCAGCGCACCGCAGGACAGCGCUCGACGUCGGCGCAGGGAUCGGCAGGGUGACAAGGACAGUCCUCGCGCCGCUGUUUGACGACGUCGUGCUCGUGGAGCCGGUGGGCAAGUUUGUAGGAGAGGCGUAUAGGUCCGCGAGCGAUGGGGAGUGGAGGGAUCUUCCCUUGCCUGUGCAUGCGCUCCCGCCGAAACCGGUCGAAAGCGAAGACAACGCGCUCGAAAUCGAAGCUUACGCCGAAGCCCACCGACAGGCGAAUGAAGCCAAGGCAGGGAGGGGGAAGAGGGUGAGGUUUAUCCAGGGGGGACUGCAGAUGCUCGACCCGAGGUCUCCUGGGAGGGGUGGGGUGGAGUUGGGGGUGGUGGGGCAGAAGAGGGGUGGGGGGGAGGGGCUGGAUGGGGAGGAGGUGGUUUAUGAUGUUAUUUGGUGCCAAUGGUGCCACAUGAACCACGCCGACCUCGUAUCCUUCCUCCAGCGCUCCCGCGCCGCCCUCCGUUCCCCCUCCGACUCUUUCAUAUUUGUCAAAGAAAACUGCUGCGACGAGGGCCCGAACGGCGAGCCGCAAGAAUUCAUGGACGAAGAAGACUCUUCGCUGACUCGGAGCAGUGGCAAGUGGGUGGAGGCGUUCAGGGAUGCGGGGCUGCGGGUGGUGAAGGAGGAGGUGCAGGAGGGGAUGCCGGAGGAGCUGUUUGUGGUCAAGACGUGGGCUCUGCAGUAG